AUGACCACAAACUCAAGUUCAACAAACACACAAAAUCAAGUUCAAAAACACCACAAACUCAAGUUCAAACAUGACAGAAACUCUAGUUCAACAAAAACUAAAAACUCAAGUUCAAACAAAACACAAACUCAAGUUCAAAAUGACCACAAACUCAAGUUCAACAAAAACCACAAACUCAAGUUCAAACGCGAAACUCAAGUUCAAAAACACCACCAACUCAAGUUCAACAAAUUUCACAAACUCAAGUUCAAAAACAGCACAAACCCAAGUGCAAACACGACACAAACUCAAAUUCAACCAUCACCCAAAUCUCAAAUUUAA